AAAUUCCAAGGCCUAAAUUCAUCAACGACCUCCUUUGAGGCCCAGCUGUUCCAUAUAUCACCGGUGAAAUAUAGGCUAUGGACUGGCCCAACGGAAAGAAAAUAAACAAGUAAAGAAAAAGGAAUUAUAGGCAACUUGAAAGAAAAACAAAAACGCAGCGGAGAAUGAAGCUCCCUGUUCCGGCUCUUGAACUCUCUCCAGUCAUUGAGCGAAAUCAAACACGGCCAGAUUUUUCGCCGGCGCGUUUCCGAACCGGUAUUUCUGAUUCUAAUUCUUAUUGAAAGCAACUGCAGAACAUUAGGUUAUGAUGAGGAGAGUUUGUCCAAAUCUAUCUUUUUAUAAAAGAAAUCAUCUCUAUUCUACUUCUUCAAUCUCAUUGUGUAAUACUACUAUCUCUAGAAAAGUGGGUCCGUCAUUUCUUGCAUAUUCUCGUAUAAAUUCACCCAACUCAUCGCUUUCUUUGGCUUCUUAUUCGCCUGUUAUUGUUACUUCUUAUUGUUCUCUAAUUGCUUUAUCAGAACAAACAGUUGAUAAUAGAAAUUACUGUAGAGACAAUGUUGCUGAUAAAACAUAUGCAGUUGUUAUGGAAAGUUCUAAUCAUAUGGAGAAAGCCCUUAACCAACUUAAUUUAGAAUUGACUACUGAUUUGGUUGUUGAGGUACUACUAAGGCUUCGUUUUGAGGAAAAGAUUGCCUUUAGAUUCUUUAUGUGGGCUGGGCGCCAACAAAAUUAUACCCAUGAGCCUUGUGCUUAUAAUGAAAUGAUGGACAUUCUUUCUAGUACCAAGUAUAAAGUGAAGCAGUUUAGAAUAGUCUGUGAUAUGCUUGAUUAUAUGAAAAGGAAUAACAAGAAUAUUGUUCCUGUUGAGGUUCUGCUAACAAUUUUGAGAAAUUACACUCAGAAGUAUUUGACUCAUGUUCAGAAAUUUGCUAAGAAGAAGAGGAUUAGGGUGAAGACACAGCCGGAAAUUAAUGCGUUUAACUUGCUAUUAGAUGCUUUGUGCAAAUGUAGUCUGGUUGAGGAUGCUGAAACAAUUUUUAAGAGGGUGAAGAAUAAGGUGAAGCCUGAUGCCAGUACGUAUAAUAUAUUGUUUUUCGGCUGGUGUAGGGUUAGGGAUCCAACUAGAGGAAUGCGGGUUUUGGAGGAAAUGAUUCAACUUGGUCAUACCCCGGAUUAUUUUACAUAUAAUACUGCUAUUGACACUUACUGUAAAGCAGGGAUGGUGACAGAGGCUGCUGAACUUUUUGAGUUUAUGAGGACAAAUGGUUCAAGCUUGUCUUCUCCCACUGCAAAAACUUAUGCAAUCAUGAUUGCAGCUCUUGUAAAGAAUGAUAGAAUGGAUGAAUGCUCUAAGCUUCUGGGGCAUAUGAUAAAUAGUGGUUGCCUCCCUGAUGUUUCAACCUAUAAAGAAUUGAUGGAAGGAAUGUGUUUGGCAGGAAAGAUUGAUGAGGCUUAUAGAGUUCUGCAAGAGAUGGGAAACAAAGGUUAUCCUCCUGAUAUUGUUACUUACAACUGUUUUCUAAAGGUUCUUUGUGAGAAUAUGAAGAGCGAUGAAGCACUUAGGCUGUAUGGAAGAAUGAUUGAGGUGGAUUGUUUGCCUAGUGUGCAGACUUACAAUAUGCUGAUUUCCAUGUAUUUCGAGAUGGGUGAUCCCGAUGGAGCAUUCGAUACUUGGGAUGAGAUGCAUAACAGAGGCUGUGCGAAGGACAUUGAUACAUAUUCUGUGAUGAUUGAUGGGCUUUUUGGUUGCAAUAAAGUGCAGGAUGCAUGUCUUCUGAUAGAAGAUGUUAUGACUAAGGGAAUGAAAUUGCCUUAUCAAAAGUUUGACUCCUUUUUGAUGAAGCUUUCAGAGAUUGGUGAUCUCCAAACCAUCCACAAGCUCUCCGAGCACAUGAGGAAGUAUUAUAAUUCUUCUAUGGCAAGACGCUUUGCACUAAACGAGAAACGUAAGAGCAUGAGCUUUAGAGGGGGUAAGAAGACAUGAACAUUACGCUGGUCUUGUCUAUCUUAAGUAAAAUGCAUUGGACUUCCUUUCUAAUCAAAGUAUUUUCGCAUUAAUCUCUUCAGUGGAAUGCAAAGGGAAUCCAGAAUCAUUCCCUUCAGUGGAGCAAUAUUUUGCAGCAGUUAAAUUCUCAUUAAUCUCUUCAAACUUAGAAUUUUGUGACCCCACGCUGAAGUGCCUCAACUGAUUAAUGAAAGUAAUAUGGAAUAUCUUUCUAUGACGGAUUACAAGUGACACAGGUUAGUCUUCAUGAGCCUUAUAGAAUAUUGCCUGGAAAUACUUUGGUUUCCAUAAAAUUUUAGCAUUGUCUGAUUUGCAACACUCUAUAAAGACAUGAAUUGUGGCUACAUUGACUAGACAAAGUAUAAAAAGGAGGAUGGUUAAUCCACUACUUGUUUUCCAAAGCAUCUCAAAGCAUUCAGUUUGAUGGAAAUCACAGUUAGCAUUUACCUUGUUAAUUAUAGUACUACAUUAAAGAAUAUGGGAUACAUUGCACAUGUUGGGAAAUUAACUGAUGAGUUUUCUGCAGUCUAUAGUGUUUAUAGUGAUAAAUUACUAGAAUCUGCUUGGAGAGGAUUUGGAGGCAGCUUGCACCAAGCAGGGCUGUUUAAAACAGGACUGUCCAUUUAAUAUGUAGGAUGAUGCAUGGUGCAAGUUUUCAUGACACUGCACUAGAGUGUGCUCCAUAAGAGGUUAAAUAUGGAUACUGCAAAUGGUUCAGCUUGUGCAAUGUGAAGGUGGCAAUUUUCCUUUUGAAAGGCUAAAGCAAGCUUGAAAAGUGAAUUAUAUCACUGAAGAACUACACCAAUUAUAGUUUGCCUAGAACUUGAUAUGUUGCUCUUUCUUCACGUUCUUUCCCACAAACUGGAUAUUUUCAUUCAUCUAGUCACGAUUAAAUUUGAGUAUCAUCAAAUGAUAGUAUUCUUGAGAUCUUUUCCAGAGACCGUCAGUUGUGGAGCUGGGCAUUACAUGGCCGUCGGUACUCUUAGUUCUACUGUUGGUUGUCAAGGUAUUGAGGCAUCAUGUGUUUUAGGAUUGCUAGUUCUCUCCAGGACCAGUCAGUUUCUUCAGUACGGUCGUCUGCUGAUUAUAGCGAUGAAGAAAGGAGCUUGUGCACGCUGAAUGAAAGAAAUCAGAAGGAUUAAAACUAACGUUUGGAAGGGAUUGAAGGCAGCGGGUUGUUGAUGCCUGGCAGGACAUAACAUCAUCAAGGAAAAUGCUCUGCGUAGAGGGCUCCACUUGUCAGAUCCAACUUCUUAUCAUGCUAGAUGGAUGAAACUAAAUGCAGCUGGUGCUUUGAAAUCUAGGCCAGCAGAGGUGGUGCUAAUUCAAGGUUGGUGCUGCUAGACGGCUAAGAGAGUCAAGGAUUACAAGCAGAAUACGAAUGUCUUUCUGAAGUACAACUGGAGAAAAAGUAAUGGGAAAAGAGGUACAGAGAAAGGAGUAAGUAAACUCAGCAAGGUUUGCUCUAAAACCUUGAGCCGGGAUAAUGUGCAUAAGGUGAGCUCCUGGGGAUCUGAAUCUAAUGGGUGUAUUGAGAGAGAGGAUUUGUACCCAUUUGGUUACUGUUCUGAUUCUGGGCUGAGGCCUUACGUUGUGCUAAAAGAUAACAACAAAAGGAAGAGGUUAAAGGCCUUGGCAUCCUCUUGGUCACCAGUACGAUAUGGUUGGCGGAUGUCAGACAAGAUAGCCAGCAGCCAGCCGUGGGUCCUAAGCAACACCAUUUUUAGCGUGUGAUUAAUUGAACUCACCUAGUUGUUGUUAAAAUUGUGUAUAACAGCGAUACCUUUUGUUUCUUUCAUUCAAUUCUCUUUGUGUCCAUUCUUUUCCAUCUUGUGCCCAAAACUACUAAAUCUAUUCCAAAGCUGUAUUAAGUUUUUUAUGCUUGCAGCUCUAAUGCAGGCGGACCAUAGCUUGUAACCUA